AUGGUGCUGCGUCUGCCCCCCCGGGCGCCAGCGCCAUCAAUCUGCCUCAGCUGUCUCUUCCAAUUGCGCCAAAGCUCCCUCCCCCGCAGGUCCCUCUCCACACUGGUCCAGCAGCAACCUGUAAAGCCUCUGCGCGCCGCCCAAGUUCCCUGGAAGCCCAGCUACUUCCUCUCUAACCGCUCCCUCUCUGACGACGCCGCCCCCACCACCCCCCCGCAGCUGCUCCCCCACCGCCGCCGCCAACAACUUCACAAGACCCUCGAGAACGCCGAUGAUCCCAAUGCUCCCCUCCCCCCAGAUGCGUCGAGCCUGCUCUCCACAUCCUCGGCGUCUUCGCCUACGGGCUCACUAAAGCGCCUCCUAUACCCGUACCUAGCACUCUCAAAGCCGCGUCUCACCGUGCUUGUAGUCCUCUCCGCAAUGGCCCCCUACGCCCUGUACCCCACGGAUCCGCUUCUCGCAACAACCACCGCCCCAACUCUCUCCGCGCUCACACUCACCUUUCUCACCAUCGGCACCACGCUCUCCUCCGCCUCCGCAAACGCCUUCAACAUGUACCUCGAGCCCGAGCAUGACCGCAAGAUGUCGCGCACGCGCAACCGCCCCCUUGUCCGGGGGCUCAUCAAGCCCGCGCAGGCCCUCGCGUUUGCCUUUGGCACUGGCAUCAUCGGCACGACCGCCCUCUACUUCGGCGUCAACCCGACCGUUGCAGCUCUGGGCGCCGCAAAUAUUGUGCUCUACGCCGCCGUGUAUACGCCUAUGAAGCGGCUGUCUGUGGUCAAUACGUGGGUUGGCGCUAUAGUCGGUGGUAUCCCGCCACUCAUGGGGUGGGCCGCUGCUGCGGGCGCUGGAAGCGUCGAGGGUGCUGGCGUGUGGGAAAAUCUUGCGCACCCGGGUGGGUGGCUAUUGGCGGGACUGCUGUUUGCGUGGCAGUUCCCGCACUUCAAUUCGUUGAGUUGGACGAUACGUGAGGAGUAUCGGGCCGCGGGGUACCAGAUGCUGGCGUGGAAGUAUCCGAAGCUGAACGGGCGGGUGGCGUUGAGGUACAGUUUGUUAUUUUUCCCCAUCUGUGUGGGGUUGUGGAUGGCAGGGGUUGUGGACGCGGGGUUUGUGGUGGAUAGUUCGGUGGUAAAUGGGUGGUUGGUGAGGGAGGCAUGGAGGUUUUAUAAGAAGGCCGGGGAGGGCGGAACGGCGAAGAAGUUGUUUUGGGCUAGUGUGUGGCAUCUGCCAGUGGUGAUGGGACUUGCGAUGGUGCAUAAGGCGGGCUUGUGGAGGGGCAUGUGGGAGUGGGCGGUGGGUAGGGAGGAAGAGGACGAGUAUGAGUAUGAGGAUGAGGAAGAGGAGCAGCAGGCGGCAGCGACAGUGGCCAUGAGGACUAAGUGA